AUGGCUACUAGAAUAAUUAGAGAAACUUACAACUUAAAGGACAUAGUGAGGAAUAUUGCUAGAGGAAUAGAAGGCUAUGAUCAAUAUGCCAUUGGAGCAUAUCUAGAUCGAUGUAGUGAUUUACUUUUUAAUAUUGCUGCUAACGGAACACCCUUACUAGCUGGU